AUGCAGCAGCUUCCUCUUCUCCUCCCUGGCCGUUUUGUGGCAUGGGGGGCCCUGCUCGCCUUCCCCAUGUCAUCCCCCAUGCCCUCCUUGCCGCCCCCCAUGGAACCCCAGAUCCUUCGGCUGCUGGUGACCAUGGUCUUCCAUGACACCACCAGAUCAGCUGACACCCAGGGCACCGCGCUGCUGGGCGAUGUCCCCACCCACGCCAUGGACUGUGGUACUUGCCCCAUUCGCUUCCACCAGCCCUGGGCCUGUCAGGGGCUGUCCCCCAAGCAGUGGGGUGACCUGGAGAAAGCUAUUCAUCUCUACCUGGUGCUUAUCACACGCACAGUUGUCACGGUGGUGCAAGGGACUGUCAUGAACUUCCCCUUUGUGAUCCAGAUCCUCAUGGGCUGUGAGGUCCUUCCCAACGGCACCUCCUACAGCUUUUACCAGAGCACGCGGGACAGGCACAGCUUGGUGAGGUUUAACCUGGACACGGGUGAGUGGGUGGCCGCACCAGGGGAUGAGAUGGCCCAGCAGGUUUGCCGUAGUUUCAGCCAGGACCAGGGCACAUCCAGCCGGCUACGGUUCCUGCUCCAGAAAACCUGUGUCGCUGAGAUCCUGAACUUUGUCUACUACGGGAAGGAGACACUGAAGAGGCAGGAGCGCCCGGUGGCUGUGGUGUUUGCCCGGCAGCCUCCCAUUGCCCUGGAGCUCCCACAGCUGCUCAUUUGCCGGGUCACUGGCUUCUACCCACGGCCCAUUCGUGUGACCUGGCUGCGGGAUGGUGAGGAGGUGACUCCAGGCCCGGGGCUCAACUCCAGCGGCCUCCUGCCCAAUGCUGACCUGACCUACCAGCUGCGCAUUGUCCUGGCCGUUGACCCAGGAGCUGGGCACAGCUAUGCCUGCCAUGUGGAGCACAGCAGCUUGGGGCACCAAGGCCUCAUUGUGUAUUGGGGGCCUGGAGGGCACUGGGCAGUGGGCCUGGCUGUGGGCAUUGCCAUUUCAUUGCUGGCUGCAGCAGUUUUGGCCGCUGUCCUGUGGUGGAUGAGACACCGAUCCACGUGGUCAGAGCAGAGAAACAGUAUGGGACUGUAG